AAUCAGCCGUCGCAUAUACCUCUUGGUUUCAACUGACGUUUUAGUUAUUCCUUCCUCGGACAUUUGACAGUUUCGAUCAUCGAGUGUUGUCUCGUCAACCAGACUGGACCUGCAACGCAGCAAAACCAAGUAGUUACAAGUAUUGAAAAUCUGACGCAAUUUAUCAAAAAAUUAUCAAAGUUCAUCCUUCAAUUAUAUAAAAAUAAUUACGAUGGAAUGCAUUCGUCUCGCUUUGCAUCACUAAUUAAGAGAAGACCGUCUAGGGAUGAUAAGAUUAUAAUUAAUCGAGACAUUUCGUUCGAACUCGAAAUCGAACGAAUUAGUUAUGAUGUAUGAAAUAAAAUAAAAUAUAACUUUAAGUAUUGCCAGCCAGAAGUAAAACUAGAAAACAUGUCGGUGUCCACAUCAAACAUUCCGAAGGAUAAAUUGAUUCAAGAAGAAGUCCGUUCGGAGACGAAGGCUUCGAUGAUUGUUAGAAAAUCAAUGAACACUGUAACAUCGGUCUCCUUGGAAAAUCGUCAGACGAAAGAGAGCAAAGAGUCGAAGACCGAAAAGAAGGAGUUGGAAAGCAAAGAGUCAAAAAUCGAAAAGAAAGAAUCGGAAAGCAAAGAGUCAAAGAUCGAAAAGAAAGAAUCGGAAAGCAAAGAGUCAAAGACCGAAAAGAAAAAAUCGGAAAGCAAAGAGUCAAAGACCGAAAAGAAGGAGUUAGAAGAAACUGAAGCACGAAAGAGCAAAACACAGCCACAAAAAGAAAGCUUAACCGAUUCGAUACGCGAUUGUCCGAAAGUCAAAAGCAUCGAAUCGAAAACCGUAGAAGUAAAAAAGGAAACGAUGAAAACGGAAGCUAAAGCUCCCAAAACUAGCAGUACCACCGCGACACAAACCGUUGUGCCGGAAUUCAAAAUAAUUCCCAUUUCCUGCAAAUCUAGCAAUGAGAAGCCUUCAAACGUGGCGGUACCACGAAAAUCUCCACCUCUGCUGAUGCCGGUUCUCAACGAGCGUCCCAUAGUUUUAGCGACACAUCUGGUACCUUCGUUGCCGAUCAGCUUGUUUCAAGUACUCGCUGAAGCAAUCGAAGUUGCCACCGAGAAACCUGUGGUACUCUUAUACGAACCUAGGAGCGAUAGACCUGUUGCAAAAGAAGUCGUAGAUAUCGCUAUUUUACCAGCUAGUGAAGAAUGGGAGGAUGGUGAACUUUUACCUGUAAGUUUCUGUUUCGAGCAUCAUCUGAACAAAGAGAACUCACCAUGCGUCUAUGCCGAUGUCGUUGCGGCAACGGAUCGUGCACCACACGUAAAAAAUAUCACGGAUCUCCGUGGUCACAGAUGCUCCCUGCCGGAUCGGAAAAAGAAUGUUGGCGCAGCAGCAUUGUUAUUUAAUUUUUUGUAUACUAGAGGUGAAAGUCCAGCCUUUUUUGGUAACACUCUCGACGCCGAAACGCAGGUUGCAACUUUGCAAAUGGUUGCAGGGAAGCAAGCGGAAGUUGGAAUCCUAGAAUCUCCUGUUAUUAAAUAUCACAGAAAUACUCUACCAGGAAUUAACUCUCUUCACAUUCUAACAAGUUUAGGCCCCUUACCACCUUAUCGGAUCAUGGCUAGGAAAUCACUUCCAGAUGCGUUGACCAAAAAAAUCACAACUUAUUUGCUAAACAUAGAUCAAGAUAGAGAAUGGCUAGACAAGUUCGCUCCCUUCGGUGUGACAGGUUUCGUGAAAAAUUCCGCAAAAUUAUACGAUUUCACUGAUGCAAAAUCUGUAGUCACAAGUGUACCAUAUUAUUAAUGAUUACAUUCCUUUUUUUAAUCGAA